GCUUCCGGGUUCAAGGCCGCUGUUGUCACGGUUCACCGAAGAAGGAAACCGACAGGGGUGAACCCUCUUGCGCUUGAACACUCUUUGGCUACGGACAGAGCAGCUGUCAAUGCACAGUACUGAGCGUCACGACAAGCAGGAGGCUUUGUGGAAGGACAGGGGCUUUAAAAUGCAGCUCAGCGACGAUUUUUGUAGUGUAUCACAGUGUCAGAUGUACAAUACGUGUCAGUUUCUCCAACGUUAAAAUCUAGCGUGAGAUUAACGAGCCGAGAGAUAGGGACUUUACUCGAGUGUUUUUUUAAUCUCCAAAGCUGACUGCGGAGUGUUGUCUGCUCUGCACUGUCCAUCCGGCAGAACUAGUCCAGACAUGAGUAACGUCAAUCUGAUUUUUUGGGACCAGUUGCAGGCUGGCAGCUCCGAGGUGGACUGGUGUGAAGGCAAUUACCUAAUUUACCCCAGCAUCGCUGAAUUUUACAACACGAUCAGCAACAUUUUGUUUUUUGUUUUGCCGCCCAUAUUAAUGUGCUUGUUCCGCCAAUAUGCAACACAUUUCAACAGUGGGAUUUACCUCAUAUGGAUUCUACUAGUUGUGGUUGGUAUUGGAUCAACAUAUUUUCAUGCCACCCUCAGCUUCCUCGGCCAGAUGCUGGAUGAGUUGGCCAUCUUAUGGGUGCUCAUGUGUGCCAUUGCCAUGUGGUUUCCCAAGCGAUACCUACCCAGGAUGUUCAGGAGGGAUCGGUCAAGGUUUAAAGUGGUCAUCGGCAUUUUGUCAGGGAUUACCACUGGGUUGGCCUUUGUUAAGCCUGUCGUCAACUCAUUGUCACUAAUGACCCUGGGCAUCCCCUGCACCGUACUGCUCAUUACUGAGCUUAAAAGGUGUGAAAACCCACGUGUGUUCAAGUUGGGUCUGAUCUCAGGGUUCUGGUGGGCACUGGCACUGCUUUGCUGGAUCAGUGACAGGAUAUUCUGUGAAAUGUGGUCAUCUGUCAACUUUCCCUACUUACAUUGUGCUUGGCACAUCCUCAUUUGUCUGGCUUCUUACUUGGGUUGCGUUUGCUUCGCCUACUUUGACGUUGCGACUGAGGCCCCGGAGCGAGGACCCGUCAUCAUGUUCUGGCCCAACGAGAAAUGGGCCUUCAUCGGUGUGCCCUACGUUUCCUUUCUCUGCGUCCAUAAGAAGUCUGCUAUCAAGGUGACUUAAGGUGACCUGAGUCUGCUGCUCUGCUGGUCGCACUACAAAACUUCUCACCAGGAUGUAUCCAAACAACAAGACACACCACUGUGUCUGUGAGUCGGGUUGCUGCCACUUGGUGCUGUUGUGACUGGGUGACGUAGGUGAUGCACAUUUUGUCCAAGAUUUAUCUUUUCCUUUUUCUGUCCCUGGUGUGGUUUUCAAUACACAGCAGUGUUUAUGCAACUCUGUCAAAGAACAUGACACAGGUUGACUUAUUAAAUAACACCAUAUUAAAGCCAAUAAACCUUUACAGUGUUCCAAACACCUUCUCAGGCUUUGCAUAGGAGAUCAUGUAAGUAUUAGUAUUAUGCAUUUCAAGCUUCUUUAAAGAGAAGAUUUUGUACAUUUUAUAGUAACUUAGAAAACCUCAUUAUAAAGCAUUGUAUUGCCUUUAUAAACAUGAAUAUAGCAUCUCAUAGGUGCAUUAUGGCCAUUAUGAAACCAUAAACAAGAAACAAUAAAGCACUGGAUUCAUUAACUGUGAUUAAUGCAUAAAAUAUUAAAGCUUCAUAUGAUAUUGCUUAGCCAAUCUUACUAUGCUCAAUGAAUCAACAAGCUGGUUUAUGUUAGAGAUGUGUUUAUAAAAAGGUGUUUCGCACAAAGCCUUAUGUGUUUUAAAUACAUAAUGGAUUCAGGCUGUUAUACCUGCCCUCUUUAUCGAUGGGCAUUUUCAUUUAAAACGCCAGAAGCACUAUAGGCUUCUUUCUGUCAUGGAUGUGCUACAUUUUACUUCCAGCAUGCCAUUGUGAUUGUUCAAGAUAGUUUAUUAGAAAGGUGUUUAAUAUAUUCCUGUAUAUAUUUUGUAUAAAUAUCAAUGUAAUAUGCAGUUAUUUUCCAUGGAGAAGCUUAUCAUUCAUAUAUUACUGAAUGAACAGGUACCCUUUGAUAUUGGCCAAAAUCCAAAGUAAAAAAAAAAACUAAACAGAAUGUGGAAUCAAAAUGUAUUGAAAUAUGAAUGACUAUUCAAGGAAAUAAUUACAUAUUUUGCACAAAAUGAAGAAUGGUUCUCAAAGCCUUUGGCUAAACGCACACUGCAUAGCAUUUCAGAAUACGAUAAUUACAAUUAUUUACAAAAAAAUUGCUUGCUAAUGUACAGCUUUUAAUGCUUAAGUUUUCACUGCAGAUUCUUUUUUUUUUCACCCAGACGUCUCAACUCUUAACUUCUCUUCAGGGUUAUUUAUUCCAGGCUCAGUAUUUUAGACUUUGUGCUAAAUAUCAUCGAAACUUUGGAAACUGUACAAAAAGCCUUAAUCAAACAGAAUAAUAGACAAAAGAAGGUCCUUGUGUGAUGUAUCUGGAACUGUUUGCUCUAAAAGGGGAAGUGCAGUAUAAUGAUUGCAGUAAAUGGAAAUGAGGUUUAGAUUAUAGCAGGUAAAGUUGUGGGACAGAUUAGGUUUUAUUACAUCUUACCUAGUCUAAUUCAUCAGUGUUCAUUUGACAAAAAUGAAGAGAAAUUGUGUAUGUAGAAUAUAAAAGGGAAGUAUGUUGGGUGUUGCAAAGCUAAACACUAACCCCAAAAGACAAGGAUCACCAAAGCUUUUUCACUAAAAACCAUUGUUUUAAAUGUUGUUCAUGAAAACUGCCUCAAGCUGUUUAACUAAUAUUAUUUUACUCAUGUCCUCUUGCAGAGGCUUCUGGGAACUCAACCUGCUAAAGUAGCUUGUGCUCACAUGAAGGAUCAUGAUUUACAAAGAGACUAUUUUCUGAAGUGAUAUUUUUUAAACAACAUGAAGUAUUUUGUUAAAUGCAAAACAAUUUAUAUUUUUCUAAGUGAAGUGCAGCCAAAAUAGAAUUUUUGAUAUUGCGUGAUUACUACCUUUUGUAUUAUUAUUUUUUCUUUUAUUUUAAGGAGAAACUUUGCAGACAUUAUUGACAAUGUGAACAAAGCUGUUGUAGUGCCCAAGAAUACUUAAAUUGUGCUGCAAAUCAUAUUGAAUCAUACAUCUGACCCAUGAUGGUGGAUUGUUUGUGUGAAUACUGAGUCAGUGAAUCACCCUCUGAUAAAGGAGUUUGUGUGAACAUGGCAACCUGUUUAAUGCUGCCCUCUGCAUCGUAAUAUUUGUCUUGGCAUGAGGUGUGAUUAUGAUCUCAGAACAAUGAGUUAAGUCUUUUUUUAUGGACUUACAUGUGUAUAGAAAUCUGUUUUUCUCUGCCUGCAUUGACAAUACAGACAAACUGCACAGAAAUAUUUAUUUUCAUAAUUUAUCCUGUUUUAUAAACAUAUAUUUGUAAUAGAUUAGAACAUUAGUACUUUAUUUUAUUUUAUGCAAUAAACUAAGCCAAUACUCAAAA